AUGACGGACCAUCGCAACGCCAGCUUCUCGACUUCCAGCCCCGUUGCAGCUGGACAGUCGUCUCGAGGAUCAACACCCGUGUCAUCGACCGGUGCUGAAGCUCCGACCCGCCAUGGCGACAAACGUGGUUCGCUCACGGGCAGGACACACAAGCAUCGGUCCAGCAGCGGCUUCUUGCUGGCCGAUUCGCUACUAAACCGCCACAGACGGUCGAGACAUCGCAGCUCGGAGCCAGAUUCCCAACAUCAUCUUCAUCGUCAUCAUCAUUAUCAGCAGCAGCAGCAGCAGCAACAGGAGCUCUCACAGUCGCAAGACGUGAACGCACAACCGGAGACCCCCACCAGACCAUCAUGGAGCAGCACCGCCAGCCCGCAAACUCCCUCCUCCACGACGGAGACCCAGCGUACUUCCUUCGCUACCGAGUCUACCGCCGUGUCGUCCCCCUCCCCCUCGCGAUCAACCGUCUCCCAGCUGGAUCUGGAGUCCGCCCAGAUCGUCAACAUGGCCCUGACGCUGAGCGAGUCGAGGAGGCUUGCUGCAUCGAGAAGGACCGUCUCCCAGCCUGUCAGUAGCGGUGCCGCGCCACCGAGGCUGUCACCUCUACCGGAUGCUGGGGCUCCGGGGUCAAGUUUAAGAUAUCACCUCCAGCAGCAGCGACGGGCUGUCGGACAGCCGCGGACGGGAUCCCCUAAGCCAGAUCGUUCCCCGAAGAUGGUACCUACGGGGACGAACACCCUCACACCGAUGCACUCUUCGUUCGAGCAUACCACGCCACAGCCGUAUCGGUAUCAUUUCUCGCAGUCGACACUGGCGCGCGCGCAAAAGGCGAGGGAGUACCUCGAGCUGAUGGCCCAAUACCGGCGGUUAUUGGAGCUCGUGCCCCCGUUGGAGCCACCUCGGGAAAAGACGGCCAAGUCCCGGAAUGCCAGUCCGCCUGGUACACCGAGAGAUUCGGCUCCUGCAUCGAGAGUGUCGAGCUCCGAGCUGGAGACCAAGCUUGGACGGCCGUACAAUCCCCUGCAGUACAUCCGGAACCGCAAGGUGCGCGCGCGAGAGAGGAAGGCGAUUGACGGUGAAGCGCAGGGAUUCAAUGACGUGAAGAAGGUGUCGGACUGGAUUGAUGAGGUCGCCAAGUGGGUUGCCACGGGGCAACAUCGCAUACCCGGGAACCCUGCGCUGCCGCCGUUUCCCGGGGCGCAGCAUGCUGCUCUGCAGGCGUCAUCGUCGUCGUCGCCGGCGCUGUCCAGCGUGCGGAAUCCGGCUGCUGCACGCCCGAAGCGGCCGCGCGUGGACUGGGUCAUUGAGCCGGCGGAUAUGUUAGCAGAUGUGUACUGGCUGGAGCAGGAUGAUAAUAAGAAGUUGGUCGAGGACCGGCAAUGGAGGAGGGUGUUUCCGCAGCGGUCGGAUCUGGGCAAGCAGCUCGCACACGAUGAUCGGCUUGCUGCGACGCCGGGGUCGGCGAGGGACUCGUCGGAUGCGCAUACGCCGGGGGACAAGUCCACGCCGGAUCUGCCUACCUCUUCGCAUGAGCAUGUCCUGACUGCGGCAAGGGAUCGGGCGCAGCAGAAACUGCGCGCGCUUAAGGCUUCCCAUCAUCGUCAGGCGAGUGUUAUUACUAAUAGGGAUUUGUUAAGGCUGCAUCGGAGUUCCAUGUCGGAGUCGUCGGAUACGGAUGGGACGGAUCGGAGAAGAUGGAGGGUGCGUCCGCCGGGAGGGAAAUCCGUACUCGAGCUCAAGGUGGAGGAGAUGUAUGCCAAAGAGCUGAGGGAUGCUGAGUCGCAUCCGCUGUAUGACCCCGAAACGAAACAGCUGAAGCAAAGUGAACCAAUGACGCCCGAACAAGGUGGUCCAACAGCCUCUUCAAUCCGGGCCCAUCGCCGCGCAAGCUCGAGGAUGGAUUACUCCGACAGUCGCACCUCCGCAUCCGUUAUCGGUCUCGGCCUCAAGCCUCUGCCCCUCCCCCACGGCGGAUCGAGCCCCCAGCCCGGGGCACGCGCAAGCCUGGAAGUGCCCUCCCGCGUAGGGAGGUUCUCUAUGGAGGAGGAAUCCUCGCAGCCUACGACACCCGAGCUCCGUCCCGCAAGAGAGAUUGGGUUGAUCCCGCCUAUUGGAAUGGACUUGUCGCCACUUUCGCCUAGCAGGCCUAGUUCGCCACCACGUGUCAGCGGGAGUAGUAGUAACCCGCUAACGAAGGUGCGGAGUAUUUUUCAUGAUCGGAGUAAGGAGCGGCAUGCUGCUUCUGCUACUGCUUCUGCCUCUGCCUCUGCCUCUGCCUCUGCCUCUGCUGCUGCUGCUGCUGCUGCUGCUGCUGUGGAGACACAGACACAGGAGAGGUUGCAGGUUGGGGCUGGGGAGGAUGGUUUGAAUCCGGCUGUGCUGUCUGAUGCAGCGACGGCGUCGCCCGAGACCGGCCCGAGUAACGUUCCUUCGCCUCAAAGGGGGUUGUCUAGGAGUCCGGGGGAAAGGGCUACCGCUUCUGGGGGUGCGGAGGGGGCGAAGUUGGGUCAUCGGCCGAGUAAGAGUGUUAGCAGUGGGAAGUUGCGCGGGGAAGAUGGCUCGUUGAGUUUCAGGUCGCUGUUCCGCGGGCCGAGGAUUGAUAGUGUCUUGAAGAGUGGCGUGUCCAAGGUCAGUGAUUUGUUUUGGAGGGGAGGGAGAGACGGCGUGGAAGAUAGGUUGUCUGGGUCGUCGGAUGAGGGUGAGGGGGAUGAGGAUGCGACCGCGAGGGUGAGAAAGGCGAAGAAGGAGGAGAAGACGCCGCCAAGGGAUAAGGAGAAGGGGCUUGAGGCGUCACCACAUUCGAUUCCGGGGUUGACGGUCUCGUCGGCGGAGCAGGGCAACCAACAGCAGACUAUCAUGCUGCAGCAUCCUCCUGCCCAACCCCUCAGUCGGAGGUCGUCCCGUUUCGAGAUGCUCAAGCCCCCCAGGAUCGACAUCCAGUCCGCAUCCGCGUCAUCAUCAUCCCCAAUCCCCCAGCUAGUCGUCCCCGAGAGCGUCGCUUCCGACGCAGAAUCAACCACUGCCGCACAAGACAGAGCCCGUCUCGCCGGCUCACGCCUCGACGCCGUCGUGACCGGCCUCGCGCCAACAACAUCACGCCCCUCUCAUCACGCCUGGCCCGUCCCAGGGGGCGGUAUGGCCCCCGUCCCCAUCCUAUCCCGCCGGGACGUGGCCCGUGUGCGCGCCAUGCUCCUCAGCACAGGCAUCCACGCCAGGGAAUUAUCUCGUCGAGCACAUACCUCUCCUCUGCUACCUCCGGCCGAUAUUAUCCCUUUCUUCUUCUUCUUCUUCUCUUUUCUUCUUCGAACCAACAACAAAUGA